CAGCGCCGCCGCAGCGGGAGCAGGACCCGGGAGCGGCGGGGCCCGGCCCAGCCCGGCCCGUCCCCGCCAUGUGGUUCAUCUACGUGCUGAGCUGGCUGUCCCUGCUCAUCCAGGUGGCCUUCGUCACCUUGGCUAUCGCUGCUGGGCUGUACUACUUGGCAGAGCUGAUCGAGGAGUACACAGUGGUCACCAGGAGAAUAAUCAAAUACAUGAUCUGGUUCUCCUCAGCCGUGCUGGUUGGCCUCUACCUCUUUGAACACUUCCCUGGCUUCAUGGUGGGCGUGGGGCUCUUCACCAACCUGGUCUACUUCGGGUUGCUGCAGACCUUCCCCUUCAUCGUCCUGACCUCCUCCAACUUCAUCCUGUCCUGUGUGCUGGUUGUCUUCAAUCACUACCUGGCGUUCCAGUACUUUGCAGAGGAGUAUUACCUGUUCUCUGAGGUUCUUGCCUACUUCACCUUCUGCCUGUGGCUGAUCCCUUUCGCUUUCUUCGUCUCGCUGUCUGCAGGAGAGAACGUCCUGCCCUCCACGGUGCAGCCCGGAGACGACGUCGUCUCCAACUACUUCACCAAGGGCAAGAGAGGCAAACGCUCCGGGAUCCUCCUCAUCUUCUCCUUCAUCAAGGAAGCCAUCCUGCCCAGCAGACAGAAGAUCUACUGAGCCCCAGCUGUGCAGGACAGACCCAAACUGUGCAGGGAGCCAACAGGGACCUUCCUCAAUGUCUCCCGAAGGGACUUCUCUAGGAACCUGCAAAGCGGGCAGUGGCUGGAGGUACCGGUAGCGCUGGACAGACACACAGGGAGGGCUCGCAGCUUUUCAUUUGCAGCCCCACCCCUGGGGUCUGUGUGCAGAGAAGGAUGUCCCACCCUGCCUCGAGGACCUAGGCAGCUUUGUCAUCUCCUGGGCUUUGCAGCCAAGUAGUGUGGUGUAGCUCUGGGAGAGCCGUUCCCUCGGGGCACCGGUAGACGCUCCCGGCGCUCCCCUGAGGUUUACAGAGAGCCAUUAAUUAAAGCAAAACAAAACGGGAAAAAAGAGAAUAAAUUCACCAAACUCCAACUCCUGAUUUCCCCACCGAGAUCCUGGAAGAUGGUGGUGUCAGGAAUGGGAUUCCUAUGCUGUGUGGCUGCUGGGAGGUGGCCUGGAAGGAGAAAACAUCACUUGUUGUUUGGCGGAGCGUUGUUGGAAACAGCCACUCGGCACUGCUCUGGGCCUGCCAGAAGCCUCCUGGAGUGGCCAGGGUGCUGUUGGCUGAGGGAAACCCUAGGAAGCUGCUUCACGUGGAGACUAAUCUUCAGGGGCAAGAUGCUGAGUGCUUGGUGUUCCCAGUGCUGCCAAAGCCCCCUGGCCUCCGCCCUUCCCUAAAAGGAGAAAAAAUAACCAAGCUGGUUGUGCUCUGAGAAGGAGGUGAAGCUGUGGUCCUUGUUCCUUGUGAUCAUAAACCCCUUUUUCAGCUCCUUUUUA